AUGGCUCAGCCGGAGCCACCGGAGCCGCCACCGGAACCCUCGUCUCCAAGGCUUCGCAGGGAUGCGAGCAGUUCCAAGCGGCGCUUCUGCAACUACGGCGGAUAUGUUGGCGAGGAGUCGUUCAGGAAGAAGCGUUGCUACUUCUUCGACAGGGGCUGCUGCAUCUACGGCGACUCAUGCAGCUUCAAGCAUAUGCCAAGCGAGGCCAAGGAUUGCUGCAGCGCUGCGGCAGAUGCCGGCUAUCACAAGAAGAAUCUGUGCUCGCUCUUCAUGCUGCCAGGCCUGGAGUGUCCGUUCACGAGCUCCUUCUGCUGGGAUGCGCACGGCCCAUCUGAGCUGCGACGACGACCACUCUGCCUGCCGCCAUUGGAUGGCAUCAAACAGGGGACGCGGCUUCGCUGCAUCAGCUCCGGUCUCAGCGCGACGGAUGCUUCCGAGGUGUGGCGGUCCCCUUCCGAAUGGGUGAUCAUUGGCCAUGUGAAGGUGCAGGAGCUGGUUCUCGCGGAUGGCGUGCCUGCGCUUGUGGACGGCUACAUGAUGGUGCCCAUACAGCCUGCAGGUGCCGUGGAGCUUCGGUACUUUAGCAGCGAGCCUGACGAGAAGGGCACGGCUCGAGACCUUCCAAUCACCGACGCACACAUCCAUUUGGAUGAGGUGCUGCGAACGAGGAGAUUCGGCUUCGCGUGGUACGCGAAAUCUUUGCGAUGCAGUUUCCUCCCGAACUGCAAGCAGAAGCGCUGCCACUUCGCACAUGAGGGUGAGAAGCUUCGCUCCGUCCCUGCGCUGCGUGCCGGAGACCUUGAAUCUCUCAGAGACGAGGUUGCGAAGCUACCAGGUGCCAGAAUUGUCGGCAUCGUUCAAAGUUGCUGCGGUGCAGAGGUCAUCGAGGACACGCUGCAGCUUGUGAAGUGGGGCCGAGAGAUGAUGGAAGGACGGAUCUAUGCCACUUUUGGCAUCCAUCCGAAUGACUUCGAAGCCUACACAUCAAAGGUGCAGGCCCGGCUCGAGGCGGCCCUCGACGCGUGCGGAGCGCAGGGCGUCGGCUGGGGCGAGUGCGGGCUGGACUUCAACAAGAGGGCUGAUGAGUUGGAGGCGGCACCAGAGCUGCGGCAGCAGAUGCGGCAGGUUUUCAUCGAUCAGAUACACGUUGCCCUGAAGCGUGGGAUUCCUCUGGUGGUUCAUUCCAGGGAUGCAGAGGAGGAAGUGUUCCAUAUCCUUGAUGCAUACGUUCCCCGCGAGCAUUACGUUCAGCUCCACUCCUUCAUGGGCUCCCCGUCCAUGCUUCUUUCCUUCCUUGCAGAGCGCCCCAACACAUAUGUCAGUGUGCCUGGCGCCCUGACGUGGGCUUGGUCCUGGAAGGAUGGAGGCCUUCGCGAACUGGCCAAAGUACUGCCGGUUGACCGCCUGCUCUUGGAGACCGACGGGCCGUACAUGGCACCUGCACCCUACCGUGGCCAAGACUCGCACCCGGGUCACGUCCCGUGGGUUGCCCAUACCUUGGCGGUCGCAAAGGGGCUGAGGACGCUGGAAGUGCUCGAGGCGGCCAGCAGAAACUUCUGCCAUUUUUUCGGACUGGACGAAAAUGACAUGAGCCGCAAAGGCCUGAAGCCAGAGAGUCCAAAUCAGGACUCCUGGUUCUGCCUGAAGGUGGAGCAAUACUUCUCCGUGUAUGCUGUCUUUGAUGGCCACGGGUCUAAAGGACACAAGGUUUCGCAGUUUGUCAAAGACAACCUGCCAAAGCUGAUUCUGAUGGACGAGCGUUUCGGCAAGGGUUCAGCCCAAUUGCCAGAUAUGCUCAAGGAGAACUUCCAGAAGAUCCAAGACCUCAUCAUCGCCUCCGACAAGAUGGGCAAGCUGAAUGCCUCCCUGUCGGGCACCACGGCCACUCUGGUUGUGCACGAUCACGAAAGCAAAGAGAUCACCGUCGCCCAUGUCGCUGACAGCUCCUCUGUGUUAGGUCGGAGAAAGGGUACCGAGGACUUCGAGGCAGAGCAGCUCACCCGGGAUCACAAGCCCAAUCUCAAGGACGAGAAGGCUCGCAUUGAGAAGGCUGGUGGCAUGGUGGUGUUCGACGGCUACGCCAAUCACCGGAUCUAUGCCAGGAAUGCCCGCCACCCGGGGCUGAAUAUGUCGCGCUGCCUUGGCGAUCUUCUGGGUCACCAGUCCUGCGGCAUCUCGGCCGUUCCCGAGGUCUCACAGCGGAAGCUGGAGCCUGAAGACGAGAUUCUGCUGCUUUGCAGCGACGGUGUUUGGGAGUUCGUGGCUCCUCUCGAGGCCGUCAAGCUCGUUGGUGGCUUUGGACCGGAGGAAGCCAUGGAGGCGGCGAACGCUCUGGCAAAGGAGUCCUGGGAUCGAUGGAUCGAGGAGGAGGGCGGGGCUGUGGUGGAUGACAUCACGGUC